GUUUAUUCAUGUUUCAGCUUUAGCUAUACGAUGGAAGCCAUACAUCUCAAAGAGGCCUAAGGGCAACGAGGCCCUGGGGAAGCAUUCUCUGCCAAGAAACACAUUUAGCUUAUUCCCAUUUCUAGGCAUACGAAGUUAACGCGAUCUAGAAUUUCUGCAAUGUUCCUCUGCAAAUUGCUGUGGCUUCGGUGGCAGGUGUUGCACUCGUGACCAAGCAGCAGUUACGUUCCCAUCCAACACGCCCGACUCAUAAAACUGAGAUCAUUCUCUUCUGUUUUAAUACCAAGAUUGCGGCCUUACUUAGUACAUUCGAGCCAUCGUUCAAGCCUUUGGUCUCAAAUAGGUCGCAGCUUGCAUGCCCUGCAAGGGCGUAUUUCACAACGGGUUUGCUUGUAGUGUGUUUGGAUAGAGACGUUUCCAUUUGGUCCGAAGACCCCAUGCAGUCUAGGAACACAUGACGAAAUGUUUAAUCGUCGCGACAACAGGCACUUUAAUGUCCUGCGCUUAACAUGGUACACGUACCUCAUCCUUGGUUGUUGGAGCCUUGGCCAUGUCCAUGCGUCUGGUUCCAAGGCACGCAAGCUGCAAGGGGCAGGAGUGCCACGAGGCUGGGAGCUGCGGGAGGCUCUAGAGAAGUUGGAUAGGGACUUGUACGACAACGCACCGGGCCCCGAGCGGCCGUACAUUUCCCAGCUGAAAAACCCCUGUUGGGCUACCGACGUCGAUGGCCGCGGGCCUUACGGUGGUGCCGUACGAUGUCUGCCGUACGCGCUACUGCUGGGUGGCUUCCAAUGCGGCGCCGCUAGCUUGUUUGCGGCGCUCAGCAAGCAUCC